UUCACCAAAAAUACCAACGACGCGGUUUUUGUUUAAUGCAGCGCGGUUAUCUAAUCUUAAGUGAUCUGAAGGAAGAAAAGUCCGCGUGGAGGAUUAGCACCAGUCUUCUUGUACCACUCAGUGAACAACCCUUAUAAAAGUGAAGUGAGGUUUGUUUGUUGUAUAUAGUUAGAGUCGCAGUUAUAGACAGUUGCUGGUUUUUUUGUUGUUGUGAACAAAGAUUCGUUUGGUUGGUAGCGAGUGUUUGAAGCUUGUGAAGGGAAAAUGGCACCAAAAAGAACCUUUGACGAGGAGGAUCAUCACAAUAACGACGACACCCAUCUUCAAACUGUUGCUAAAAGAAGACGGGACGAGACCAUUGCCGCUUUGGAACCUGUUCUUCGCAAAUUGAUGGAGGAGUUGAUUCCACCUAUGCUAGAGCGUCACGUGUCUCCGUGUUGUCGAUUUUGCCAUAACCAUCAGGGUGGCAGUUCUGGAGGAAGAGCUUACCAAUUGUGCUUCGUCAAUGAAUUGCCUAAAGUAAUUUUCACCAUGGCCAAUCUCACAGCUGAGGACGGUGGUUCACUUGAAAUUGAGCUGCGGGAUGCUGCAUCGCAGCAACGCGUUGACACAGAGGAAUUUUCCAGCAUGAAGGCUCAGAUCUAUGUGCUGGAUGGUGCUUUUGAAAGUCAGGACUGGACUGCAGAGGAAUUUGAUGGCAACAUUGUGAAACCAAGAGAGGGGAAGGCACCAUUACUCAGAGGACACACGGUUACUAAAAUUGAAAAAGGGGUUGGUUUUAUCGAUAAGAAGAGGCUUAAGAUUACUGAUAAUUCUUUCACCACAAGAAACAAAACGUUUCGGUUGGGAGUUAAAAUCGUGGGAUCUAACUCCCAUGGAGUAGGAAUCAAGGAAGCCAUAAGCGAACCCUUCAGGGUCAAAGAUAAACGUGGAGAGUUGGCCAGGAAAUCCGAGCGUCCAGCCUUGAACGAUGAAGUAUGGCGUCUGAGGAACAUUGGAAAAGCGGGUGAGCUUCGCAAGCAGCUUUCAAGGAAUAAAAUAAAGACUGUGAAGGAUCUUUUGCGGCGGGACACAAUCGGUUUAUUACGGGAGAAAUUCGGCAAGAUUAAUACAUGGGACAAAAUCAUUGAACAUGCUAAAGAAUGUGAACUAGAUGAAUCUGAGCGCUACUUGUACACGUAUCGUGCCACGGAACCAGAGAAAUCUGUUUCCCUUGUCUUUAAUUGCAUCUAUGAGCUUGUGGAGGUCAUUAUUAACGGCCAACAUCGUUCUCUGAAAUCUCUGAAUUCGGAGGAGGAGCGUUUUGUGGGAAGAAUGAAGGUGGAAGCAUACUCAAAUCUGGAGGAUCUGGAGCCAAUUGCUGCCACACCAACGACACAUGACAUAGUGUCGAAGUUAGCAGGUACACAGGCGGUGUCAUACAGUGCUCCAUAUCAAGGUCAAUUGGAAACAUCAACAUCAAUCGUAGAUGAUAGCUGGCCGGCGUUCUUCGACGAAUUUGAAACUUACUUUACUCCUAACCCUGACCAGUGGGAGCAACCGAAUUUUUUCCCCUUACUAUGUGGUGACAAUGGAGCAUCAUGUAGCCAAGACAGCCCUUCCUUUUUGCCCAACACUGCUGAGUAUAUGGCAAGCAAAGGGAAAGCCAAGACGGUUUGGCAGAAAGUCAGAAAUGCUUUCAAACUCCUCAUACAUCCGCAUAGGGCUUAAAGGAAGAACCAAUUUUCUUUUUGCGGUCAGAAUUGGAUUGAAUUCGUUUUUCUUUUGAUUGCUUCUUCAAUUGCGUUUUCCCAAGUCAAUUUCUGUACUUCGUUAAUCAGCUAUUAAUUUAUAAAUGUCAUGCCAAUUUGUGACAUUAGACAAAAUGACAGCAGACAAAAUGACAUGACAAAAUGUUUUUUAACGAUAUCGCUGCGUUUUUUGGAAUGUUCUCGGUUAAG